UCAAGACAAUAUUGUGUUACUCUAUUUUAAUUUUACAUUGUUAUCUGCCUGACAAAUGGUUUGCCCGAAUCUAUUAGUCUGACCAGCAAAUGUUUGAUGAAAUGAAUUUUUGUAUUUUUGAGGAAGAAAAUAAUAUUCCUUUGGCUCAGUACUUUUUGAGCCAAAAUAAGUGCUGCCAUAAUAUUGUGCUUGCUUGUCUGGCUGACUUCUUCUCACUUUCCAUUGUAGAUGUUUACUGGUGGUGAUAAUGUCACAAAGAAGAACCAGACUGAGCCCUGAAUCUGAGGCUGCUCCUUUUAUCUGGAGUCAACAAGCCUUGUUUGAAAGCCCAGUGGAUCAAUGAUUAUAAAGACACCAAGUGACGGGAUCUUGACUGAACCUUCUGGAGACCAAGAAGGGAGUGAGAGAUCCACUUCAUCCUUACAAAAGACACCAAGUGACCUGACUGAACCCUCUGGAGACCAUGAAUGGAGUGAGAUAUCCACUUCAUUCUUACAACAGACACCAAGUGACCUGACUGAACCCUCUGGAGACCAUGAAUGGAGUGAGAUAUCCACUUCAUUCUUACAACAGACACAGAGUGACCUGACUGAACCCUCUGGAGACCAUGAAUGGAGUGAGAUAUCCACUUCAUUCUUACAACAGACACCAAGUGACCUGACUGAACCCUCUGGAGACCAUGAAUGGAGUGAGAUAUCCACUUCAUUCUUACAACAGACACCAAGUGACCUGACUGAACCCUCUGGAGACCAUGAAUGGAAUGAUAGAUACACUUCAUCCUUACAACAGACACCAAGUGACCUGACUGAACCCUCUGGAGACCAUGAAUGGAGUGAGAUAUCCACUUCAUUCUUACAACAGACACCAAGUGACCUGACUGAACCCUCUGGAGACCAUGAAUGGAGUGAGAGAUCCACUUCAUCCUUACAACAGACAUCAAGUGACAGGUACCUGACUGAACCCUCUGGAAACCAAGAAUGGAGUGAGAGAUCCACUUCAUCCUUACAACAGGUUACUACUUCUUAUCAUGAUAUACUAGGUUUGAGUUUUCAGCUUUCUUUGACAAACACAGGAGAAGUUAUAAAUCAGAAACAUGGACUCUCCAUGAUUUCAGUCGUCAUGUCCUCAUAUUUCUUCAGACCUGAAAAACCUGAGUGUGUUUCAGGUGACAUGACUUUUGUCUUAACCUAACUCUGGAGAGCCUGUGUUCGAAUGUCCCCAU